AUGUUGCGUCGGAUUCUAGCAGCAAAACGCAUGACUUCAAAAUAUUUUCCCCGUUCCCUUCAGUGCCAUCCACCACUUCUCAUCCUACCCACCAUCAUCCUCUCCCACCUUCCACCGUCGCCUACGUCCGCUAGGGUUCACCAUCUGACCAUCAUCUUCGUUUACCAUGGACACCGCUAUGAUAGCCUGCUUCUACCAGCCUCGAAUUCCAAAGAUCGACUGCACCAUCUCAAUUUUCUGUGGAAUUCGAUUUCAGUAUUCAUUCACGUGACAUGUGUUCUACGAAGAAGUGAAGAACACCAACAAGGAGAGCACGAGACCAAGAGCCCUCUUUCAUAUCCUUUCUCAGAUCUAGAUGAAGAUGAACCAAAUUGGAACAUGAAGGGGGUAGAAAGCAGGAAACUUGCUCCUCACCUAGCAUAUUCUAAAGUGGAGGCAAUAAGAAGAGGUUGAAUUCAUCCGAUUGAUGGCGAUUACUUGGACCGAGCUUAGAUUAGUCUUUACAUAAAUGAUUCGCCCUUAAUGUUGAAGAGUUUUGUUGGUCAAACUAUGCAUGCCCGAGCAUGGCGUUUUUGGACAUAUUUGACAUUUCCCCUGCUUCGGAGUUUUCCUUAAAGUGGACAACACAAAGAAGUUAACAGGUUGAGAGUCGUUUUUGGGGAAAUUUUCAUAUUGGUUUAUGUUGACAUUUUUUUUUAAAUUUUAUUAGAUUAACUGCAAUAUAUAACAUACUUUCAUUGGAAGAUUAUUUCCAGAAUUUAUUAUAUAUUACUUAUUGCUAUUAUCAGUAAAAAAAGAUUAAAAUA